AAUUGGUUGAGUUAAAAUGAUGUGUUGCCUGGCUCCCCCCAUGCGGAGUUGAAGCAGUCCUCAUGCAUACUCUGCAUAUCAGAGGCUUUGGUCUCUCCUCUUUCUAUAGCUCUUGUAGGACUGGCUAUGGCUACCACUACUUCCGGGUUCCGUCAUUUCAUUCUCCCGCCGAUCAGCGCUGCAAACUGACUCCGUUCUAUAAGCAAGCGAGCAGCCAACCUGCCAACACUUACUGACACUCACUCAUCUCAGAGCGAGAGAGGGAGACGAAAUACCUACAGGGAAACAGGAAAGAUCUCAAAAAUUCGAUCGUAAUUUCCAUUGCUUUUUUUUUCUCUCUCUUUACAGUACUAAUAAAAAGCGAUCCACUGCCUAAAAGGGAGACGCGGAGUUGUUGGAAGAAAACGGGCUAAAAGAUUCCUCCUCUCUUGAUCACCAUCACCAACCAUCAUUCAUUCAUUACCUUGACAACCCCUGGCUUUGAUUGACAGCUGGAGUGGCAAAAAGCCAUGAGACACGACAGUUUAGUUACAUGCGGGUUGUUGAUGGGCCGAUUGUAAACCUUCAGUCUGGUGGUUGACAAUUUUUUUUUCGUGCAAAGGGAAAACAAGAAAAAAAAAACAAUUGUACAAACUGUUGUUGGUCCUUCUGUUUGCCUUUUUCUGCCACACUGGAGAAUUCACUAAGUUGAUUGAGAAAAGGAGUCUUCCCACUAAAUCACUUCCUAACCGGACUGGGAUAUUAAAUAUACGACACAUCCAGGAGUUUAUUGGAGCGCAGACUGAUGGCGCAAAGGCGCUGCUCUGUUCCUUUCCAACAUUCUUGUUUAACCGGCGACCUUACUGCUAAAUCACAGUGCUGUUUUCAAAGGGGGUCCCUAAGUAAUUUGCUGGUUUUAUGAAACUGAUACGGACAAGAGGGAUUGCAGAUUUAAAAUGUUCCUGUACGAUGAACUACCCCAUUACGGUGGAAUGGACGGGGUGGGGGUACCUGCAUCAAUGUAUGGAGACCCUCAUGCUCCUCGACCGCUACCGCAGGUACAUCACCUGAACCAUGGGCCACCGUUACAUGCCAGCCAGCACUACGGGGCUCACGCACCUCACCCCAACGUAAUGCCAACCGGCAUGGGAUCCGCUGUCAACGAUGUUUUGAAGAGAGAUAAAGAUGCAAUUUACGGUCACCCGUUAUUUCCUCUGCUAGCGCUGGUUUUUGAGAAAUGCGAGCUGGCGACGUGCACACCCCGAGAGCCCGGCGUGGCAGGCGGCGACGUCUGCUCCUCCGACUCCUUCAAUGAGGACAUCGCCGUCUUCGCCAAACAGGUCCGCGCAGAAAAACCCUUAUUUUCUUCAAAUCCAGAAUUGGACAAUUUGAUGAUUCAAGCCAUACAAGUAUUACGCUUUCAUCUUUUGGAGUUAGAAAAGGUCCACGAAUUGUGCGAUAAUUUCUGCCAUCGGUAUAUCAGUUGUUUAAAAGGAAAAAUGCCAAUCGACCUGGUAAUUGAUGAAAGGGACGGCAGCUCAAAGUCAGACCACGAAGAACUUUCAGGAUCAUCCACAAACUUAGCCGACCAUAACCCAGCAUCGUGGAGAGACCAUGAUGAUGCAACCUCAACGCACUCAGCAGGCACGCCAGGGCCCUCCAGUGGGGGCCACGCAUCACAAAGCGGAGACAACAGCAGCGAGCAAGGAGACGGCUUAGAUAACAGCGUGGCCUCACCUGGCACAGGUGACGACGACGAUCCAGAUAAAGACAAAAAACGACAGAAAAAGCGGGGCAUUUUUCCCAAAGUAGCAACAAAUAUCAUGAGAGCGUGGCUUUUCCAACACCUCACACAUCCGUACCCUUCCGAAGAACAGAAAAAACAGUUAGCCCAAGACACAGGACUGACAAUUUUACAAGUAAACAACUGGUUUAUUAAUGCCAGAAGAAGAAUAGUACAGCCAAUGAUUGACCAGUCAAAUCGAGCAGGUUUUCUUCUUGAUCCUUCAGUGAGCCAAGGAGCAGCAUACAGUCCAGAAGGCCAGCCAAUGGGAAGCUUUGUACUCGAUGGUCAACAGCACAUGGGGAUCCGACCAGCCGGUCUACAAGGCAUGCCAGGGGAAUAUGUAUCUCAGGGUGGUCCUAUGGGCAUGAGUAUGGCACAGUCAAGUUACACUCCUCCCCAAAUGACUAAUCAUCCUUCCCAGUUGCGACUCGGACCAUCGAUGCAUUCGUAUCUUCCCUGCCAUCCCCAUCACCCCGCCAUGAUGAUGCACGGAGGACCCCCAGCACACCCUGGAAUGACCAUGUCAGCACAGAGCCCCACAAUGUUGAACCCUGUAGACCCCAGCAUGGGAGGACAGGUCCUGGACCUUCAUGCCCAGUAGUAUAAGGGAGCUGACAAAAAUUUUAAAAAAAUUAAUAAAUAAACUAUUAUAUAAAUAAACUCUUUUAAGACUUUUUGAAUUUUGACCAGAAUUUGACACUUAAUGGAAUUCCAGCUGUGAUUAUUUUUUACUUGUCUUUUUCUUAUUUUCAUGAGAAACAGAGGACCAAGCUCACAAGAAGAAACUGUAACAUCUUGGGCUUUCUUAAAGAACAAUAGGAGGUGAUUGGGGGAAAAAAAAAAAAACAGAAAAAAAAAAAUUAAAAAACAAACAAAAAUAAAAAAGAA